AUGAGGUCCGUGUUCGAGAUUGCCAGGAGCCACAUUACGCUUCCCGUGUCAAGGGACAUGAACGCUCUCAGACGGGUACUUCGCGACUGGCACCACUACACGGAGAAAUUAGAGCUGCAGAAAAAGACCACACACCCCGCGGCAUUGUGUGUGACGGUGCAUCCAUCACGCAACUCCACAGCGUCCCCGCCGCAGGGUGUUUCUCUUCACCCUUCACUGCGGGUCGCGGCAGGAGGUGCAUACACGCGACGUGUUUCUCUGCAGCUUUGGACGGCGGUUCUCCCCUGGGAGGUGCAGCGUGGACUCUCAAUGAGUGAAUUGCGGCUCUCCAGCACCCUGAUGGAUGCCUCUGAUAGUAAACAGGAGGCUAAAAAGGAAAAUGAGAAUUGUCGAUACGCGAGGGAAAUGCAGGAGGAGGAAGACGAUCCAUUCGGGGUGGUUACUGCACCAUCGAAAAGUGCGAAUGGUGCAAUGCGUACUCCUCCGUGUGGCACCAGUGCCGCGGCUGUCACGGCCCCUUUCCCGGGGAUGUUGUUUGUCAUGGACGUUGAUUCCGCCGCGCAGGGCGUGAGUUUUUGGAGCGGAGCCAUCGCACAGCCCAUUGACGUGGCGUUCAUUUCUCCUAUCGAACCCGCAGUGACAAACUCGCGGUCGUUUCAGGAAUUACGGCAACGCCAACUGGCGGCAGUGGAGGAUGGUGGUGGUGGUGGAGGGGGCGGAGUGGAUGAGAAGAGAGCCGUGCACAACAUUGCCCGCUUCUUCCCCGAUGGCGAGUUGGAUUCCCCGACGGUUACAUUCGCCUUGCAGUCCUACUCCCACCUGGACCCGUUUCCGCGGUGCGAUAAAACAGGCGGAACAAGACGGCGGCAACACUUAGCGCAGCCAGCAGGUGCAGAUCGACGCGAUGCUACCUUUGCCGCUGGUGGUGAUGAUCAUAAUAAUCGCCCACGCUACGUACUGGAAACGACGCGGUAUUUAAUUCGUGACAGCGUCGAGAGAGCCCUGCAAGAGUGCCGCCAGCAACGCGCCACUACAGCCGGGGCGUUGGGGGGCAAAAAUAAAAGCGUUCAUGAGGGGAAUGAAGAGGGCAUGGAAGUGACCAUCACGUUGGAGCUUUCAGACGGCCUAAAGGAGGAGUUGCGAGAAAAAGCCCGUCUGUACACGAAUUACGUAAUGCCGCUGGAAGAACACAUCGCCUACCACAUCCGACACCAAAACAGCAGUGUCGUGGGGGACGGAAAUAAUGACGAUGUUCCACGGUGGGAAAUGGGAGCUGAGGGAAAAACAGGAGACGAUCAUGCUCUCGUCUCUAAAUUUGCAGCCGCUUCACCUUCUUUUUGUUCUCCUGCCACCCCUGUGGGAGUGACGAGGGGUCCAAUUCAUCCCUCACGGCCCAACACAACGGGCAGGCGUUCCGUGAUGUUACUUCGCUCUCCGAAACUUGCAGAGGAGCAUGAGGACGUGCCGUCGCAUCUUGUGCCGUCUGUGAAGGGUCGACAUGAGGCCCCUGUUCUUCAACAAGUAGAAAGGGAGCAUGGUCAGCUUAUCAGCGCCAAGGCACUUGCACGUUACCCCAAUACUUCUUCUCACAUGCCCGCUAUUCCGCCCAUUGACUAUGAACUGUUCGACCUCUGUCUACGCCUGGGUUUGUGCCGGCAGGACACCAUUUAUUACUUCUACGGGCGCAUCAUGCGAGCGUGGCAAAAAGAACUGCACCGGCUGAGGAAAAGUUGUGAUGAACAGAACAACAGUGAGAUCCCUGAUGCGGAUGUACGCCGUAUGUUUCUACUUGUUCGUGACCCCUCGUUGCAGGUACCGGAGGAGCUUUCCGCCUGCGUGGAAGCUGUCGCACGGCGCCGCAACAUCGCGGAAAAAGCCUGA